ACACGUCAUCAACAUAUAUAGGUGAGUGCUGCGCUUCUCAGAGUGUUAUUCGAGUGUAGCUGAAUAGACUGAGUGAAAAUAAAUCAACCGAAUAAAAAAAAAUAGUGAAAAUGUCGUUGCAUUAGAUGUCCAUGCAUAUCAUCACUUGCCUAUUAAAAUUCAAUCAUAGGGUACAGAAAUGAUUAUUCAGAGGGCCUGGAAGCAGUCGUAACCUAACUUGGACUUUGACGGGAGAACUGGAGGAGUGUAAACAUAGAGAAAACAUCAUGAUGUCCAAUGGGAUACAGGACCCUAGUCAGGACGAUGAAGCAAAGACAGUGGGAUCACGAACGAGCAGCACCAACGGUGCAUCCACAUCAUCAACCCUCGACUCACCCCUAAUGAAAUGGUCAUCGUACUUCCUGGCUGUUAGACCAUGGUCUCUGAGUGCAUCACUAAUGCCAACCCUUCUCGGUUCAGCCCUGGCCUAUCGUCUGACUGGACUCGAGAGUUUCAGUUUAAUAUCAUUUGUCUUAACCCUUUAUACGGUAAUAUCAGUGCAUGGAGCUGGAAACGUAGUAAAUACAUAUUUCGAUUAUAUCAAGGGUGUUGACAGUGGGGGUAAAAGCGAUGAUAGAAUACUUGUUGAUAAGUUAUUAUCUAAAGACGAGUUAGUAUCAUUAGGGACAAUACUUUAUGCUGCUGGAUGUUUGGGUUUUGUAUUAUUAGCGACAAUAUCACCGGCUAAAAUGGAACAUCUGGCCCUUGUAUUUUUCGGCGGUCUGUCAUCGUCAUUCCUGUAUACCGGUGGCAUUGGACUCAAGUAUAUUGCACUUGGUGAUGUACUUAUACUUGUUAUAUUUGGCCCGAUAUCUGUGUUAUUUGCUUUUAUGGGCCAGACUGGAUACAUCAAGUGGGGCACCAUAUACUAUGCAAUACCUUUGGCAUUGAAUACAGAAGCCAUUCUGCAUAGUAAUAAUACUCGUGAUCUUGAGAAUGACAGAAGAGCUGGCAUUGUAACUCUGGCCAUUCUCAUUGGUCGCACAGCAUCACACGUUUUAUACGCUUUUUUACUUUUUACACCUUACGUAACACUCGUUGUACUUGCACUUAGGUAUUCGGUAUGGUUUCUCCUGCCACUUGUCACACUACCGACUGCCUUCAAAAUUGAAAAACAAUUUCGAAAUCCAAUGACGAUACAGAGUGUACCUAAGCAAACAGCCAGGCUCAAUAUGUUUCUUGGGGUGCUUUAUGUACUUUCUUGUCUCCUUGUUGAGCCACUUCCUUACUUUUAACUUGAUUUGUUCCUUUCUAUUAUUCUUUUUUAUUCUCUCAAGCCGAUUACUCUUAAUAUGGUAACAAUGACAUCAGCAAUUAUUGUGCACAUGAUUAUUUGGCCAGCAGAAGCUAAUGUGAUAAUGUGCAUAAUAUAAGUCGGUUUGUUAAUCUUUGUUGAAGGGAAGAAAUCUCGAUAGAUAUGAAAAGACAUAAUUGAUACAUCGGUUGAAGAAUAUUCGUCUUUGGAAUUUUUUGUAUGUCCGUUUUUACAACUACCAAGACGAAAUAUCGAAUAAAUAUUUUUUCAUCGACUCUCAUUGAAUAAUCACUUGGGUUUAUUUUUUAUUUAUAUUGGAUGGAUAUUUUUUUGUUUUAGGAUAAUUCAGUUGACAUUAAAUGAUGAGUCUUUUUGGGGGGAAAAGGAUUCUGUACAUUGACCAUGACUAGCAGAUAAAACGUGAGAUGCCAGUAAUUGAUGAAUAACAAUAAUUUUAUCAAUAGUGCAAAAUUAUAUGGGGUUUUAUAUUGAAUUUAAUACGAGUCUGAUGGGAAAUUUCUGGGAAGAAGCAGCUAACAUGUACUCAGGACUCUUUUUCUAUUGAAAUGUAUGUAUUAUAUAAUUUUUUUCUAUGGUUUUUGGGAAAUCCUACCGCUAAUUCAUCUAAACAAAUCAAUUUCGGGCUAAUUUUAAUGGGAAAAUGUAUACAUUAGGGAGGAUUCAAGGGACAAUAGUAGGAAAAAUGGUUCAAUAGAAUUUUUUAUUCUUAAAAACGGAAGAUGUAGAAGAUAAAUUAAUGCAGCAAACUUUUACUUGCGAUAUAGUAAAUGUAGAUAGAUCGAUAUAAAUGGGCUCUAAGAAUCAACCGAAAGAAAAAAUAUCCGGCUAUGUAUGUAGAGCAGACCAGCUUCUUCCGCCGAAAUAUCUAUGUAAUUCAAUAGUGGAGGGACAGAAAUCUAUGUGAAACCGCGCUUUAGAGGAAGCUACCCCUGAUUGUCUCGAUGUGUAUAUUUUUCGUUGCUGUACUCAAGUGCAAUUCAGUUGAGGACCCAUGUAAAUUGAAACAUUGAAACACGAACAGAUUUGAAUGUCGAUUCGACACAUCAGUAAUGAAGCCUUUAAAUUGAAAUAACCCUUUAUCAAAGGAUCAUGUUGUUCCUGAGUGGGAGAAGGUCAUUGGGAGGGAUAGUCAAAUAAAUUGUAUGAGCAGGAAA